AUGUCAGUGACAGAACCGAAAGCACCGCGCGUGCCGAAAUUUCCAACUCACAACGCUCCGAGGGUCUGGCUCAUAAGCUCUGCAAACACGCCGGUCGGCACAGCACUGUUACGACAUCUCCUAGCCCACGGGGACUACGUCACGGCUGGCGUAGAGCGCGUCGAGUAUGAGCGGGAGGAGGAGCGCAGCCGCGAUUUCAAGAGCUUCCUCGAGGAGUUGAACGCGCCCGGGGCUACCACAGGUACGGACAAGGAUGGCAACGAUGCAGACGAUGGCAUUGGCGGUCCGAUCGAAGAUCUGGGUACACGGGCGGAGAAGAAGGCCAAAGAGAGGGAGCUGUGGAGGRGCAGACUKCGAGUCGUGACUCUGGAUGUUAGGGUCAUGGGCCAAUGCCAGGCUGCCGUGGCCGAAGCAAUACGCUGCUUUGGCCGUAUCGAUAUCCUCUUCUGCAGCCACUCUGAAGUGGUUGUGGGCACUGUAGAGGAGCUCUCGCAGAAUGCUCGAACGUCAAGUCUGGUGAAGGAUCAGUUCGAAACCACAUUCUUCGGUCCAGUCAAUAUCAUCAAGGCCACCCUUCCGAUGUUCCGAGCGAAGAAGAAUGGACACAUUGUCCUGCUGACAGCUGUUACUGGCCAUCUGGGCACACCAGGCUUGAGCAUGUACUGUGCCAGCCAAUGGGCUAUAGAAGGCUAUUGCGACAGUCUGGCAUAUGAGAUUGCGCCUUUCAACAUCAAGAUGACCAUUGUUCAGCCGAACAUGGAAGUCAACGUAUUGACACAUCGUAUCUCAUCUGCACCGCCCAUGGCUUGCUAUGCCGAAGAGAACAAUCCUGCGCCACUGUCACGAAACAUCUUGUCGUCACUGCUGGAUCGAAUCGAAGGUUCUUCCGAGCCAACGACAGGAGAUCAGCUACAUUCGAGCGAGGUGACUAGUCUGUAUCCGCCAUUGAGCAAAGGCAUGAAAGAACGGCUGGUUGCCGAGACGGUACACGCUGUUGCGGCCAUCGGCGGUCACGACAAUCCACCAGCUCGUCACAUUGUAGGUUUUGAAGGCGUCAACACUGUCAAGGAGAAGCUCAAGACUGUGAGUGAAGAAUUGGAGGAGUUUGCCGAGUGCAGCUCAUCCGCCGACAUUGAGAGAAGUGACGGGUAUUCGACUCCAGGUUGA